AGAUGAACGCCAAGAAAAUUGAGUUUGAACAAUUUCUGCCCAUGAUGCAAGCUAUUUCCAACAACAAAGACCAGGGCAGCUAUGAAGAUUUUGUUGAGGGUCUGCGUGUCUUUGACAAAGAAGGCAAUGGCACAGUCAUGGGUGCUGAACUCCGUCAUGUUUUAGCCACCCUGGGUGAAAAGAUGAAAGAGGAAGAAGUGGAAGCCCUGAUGGCAGGUCAAGAAGACUCCAAUGGCUGUAUUAACUAUGAAGCCUUUGUCAAGCACAUCAUGUCUAUCUAAAAGGAGCUCUCAAGAACAAUCAUUAUUUAGGAAGACUGGCUGAAAUCUUGUUUCAAUAAUACCCAUGACUACCUGCUCAGAUCUGAUUGCCAUCAUCCAGAAAAACAAAACAACCUGGACUGUUCUACACUGAAGAACUCCUUGAAUUUUUAUAUACCUUAUGUUUUUUUCCGAAUUGUAUUCAUACCACACAAACCAAGUGUCUGCUGCUCUAAACAAGAAGAAUAAAAUAUUGACGAUCUCAAAUAUAAGCACCACCUUUAUUAUCUACCAUGGGUUGAUAAGCAUCCUUAAAACACUAUGUCAAUAAAGAAUCUUGGUCAGUCUGUAA